UCCAAGAUCCAAACCAAAACCACACCAAACUCACCAUGGAAGAGAAGCAGCAGCAGCAGCAACAAGAGUAUGAUCAGGAAGCUUGCCUAUUUGCAAUGCAAUUGGCAAGCUCUGCAGUUCUUCCCAUGGUCUUGAGAUCAGUUAUAGAGCUUGGAAUUCUAGAGAUCAUUGGUAAAGCUGGUUCUAAAGAUGAAAUCUCAUCUUCUGAGAUUGUUUCAAAGCUUCCCACAAAAAACCCAGAUGCCUCAGUUAUGGUUGAUCGUAUGCUUCGCCUCCUGGCCAGCUACAAUGUUGUCACUUGUUCUCUUCGGACACAUAACGAUGGCCUAGUUGAGAGGCUAUAUGGGCUUGCCCCGGUUUGCAAGUUCUUGCUUGAAAACGAAGAGUUGGGGUCACUGGAUAUGUUACUGCUCAUGCAUCAAGACAAGGUCACCAUGGAAGGCUGGUUCCAUAUGAAAGAUGCAAUUCUUGAAGGUGGAGUCCCAUUUAACAGAGCUUUUGGAAUGACAUCAUUUGACUAUGAAGGUGUUGAUUCUGGAAACAAUAUCCUUUUCAAUAAGGCAAUGAAAGGUCAAACCACCAUUACUAUGAAUAAACUUCUUCAAACAUACAAAGGGUUUGAAAGCCUGAAUUCAUUAGUUGAUGUUGGAGGUGGAUUUGGUAUUGCCCUUAAAAUGAUCACUUCCAAAUAUCCAUCAAUUAAGGGUAUUAACUUUGAUUUGCCUUAUGUCGUUGCAGAAGCACCAUCUUAUCCCGGUGUAGAGCAUGUUGGAGGUAGCAUGUUCGAAAGUGUUCCAAAAGGGGAUGCCAUUUUUAUGAAGUCGAUAUUGCAUGACUGGAGUGAUGAACACUGCUUGAAAACUUUGAAGAAUUGCUACAAAGCAUUACCAAAUGGUGGGAAGGUGAUCAAUGUUGAAGCCAUUCUUUCAGAAGCAGCUGAAAGUAACCGUGUUGCUCGAGCUGGCUAUCAAAUUGACAACAUGAUGAUGAUGAUUAAUCCUGGAGGAAAAGAAAGAACUAAAACAGAGUUUGAAGCCCUUGCCAAGGAAGCUGGUUUUAGUAGUCUUCAAAUCAUUUGUCCUGUAAUUAACCUUUGGGUCAUGGAAUUUAUUAAGUAA